CCAGUCAGGUCGGUGGUGUGUGGUACACCAGCCAAUCCGCUUCCGGCUUGUGUGGGGUCACUUGCCAAACUGCGCUCCCGAUGGUCGUAAUAAUAAAAGCCCGUCGACACGUCGAGCCUCUCAGUCUUAGACGCUUCUCUUCUCCUUCAUUUCCCGCCUGUUUAAAUCUCUCUCCCAAAUCUCUCACCCAAUGCAAAUGCUCUGUCCAUCUCAUUUCAAAACCCUACCUCCCAACCCCUCUCCGUUCUCUCCCCCCAUACCUCCAGUCUUUCCCAUCUCUCCAAUCUCUCCGCCUUCAACCCCUUCGAAUCUCGCCCUACAUCUCUCCAUCUCUUCCUCUGCAAAUCGCUACAGGAAUCCAUUUGCUCCGAGGAGCUCGAAAUCGAUUCCUUCGGAGCGAAUGGACGUUGGGUUGGGGUUGGACAAUGUAGAAAUUGAUCGGUUCGUUGAAAUUGGGAAUAAGGUCGCCGAUGCUGCCGGAGAAGUAAUACGGAAGUAUUUCCGCAAGAAGUUCGACAUUAUCGACAAGGACGAUCUUAGUCCUGUAACAAUUGCUGAUCGAGCUGCGGAAGAAUCAAUGUCGUCAAUCAUAUUAGAGAAUUUUCCUUCUCAUGCAAUUUAUGGGGAGGAAAAUGGCUGGAGGUGUAAAGAGAAAUCUGCUGAGUAUGUUUGGGUUUUGGAUCCAAUUGAUGGAACUAAGAGUUUUAUUACAGGCAAACCCUUGUUUGGAACUCUUAUUGCUCUUCUAUACAAGGGAAAACCGAUUGUUGGGAUCAUCGAUCAACCUAUUUUAAGGGAGAGAUGGAUUGGAAUGAGUGGGAGACGAACCACAUUGAAUGGACAAGAAGUUUCUACACGCACCUGUAGUAAACUUUCCCAGGCCUACUUGUAUACGACAAGCCCUCAUCUGUUCAGUGGAGAUGCUGAAGAGGCAUUUGCUCGUGUUAGAAGUAAGGUCAAAGUACCCCUGUAUGGAUGCGAUUGCUAUGCUUAUGCCCUUUUGGCUUCUGGGUACGUGGAUCUGGUUAUCGAAUCUGGCCUUAAGCCUUACGAUAUCCUUUCGUUGAUACCGGUGAUAGAAGGUGCCGGGGGAGUGAUAACUGACUGGAAAGGACAUGAGCUUUUUUGGGAGGCAUCUCCAGGAUCACGUGCAGCAAGUUUCAACGUUGUGGCAGCGGGAGAUGCUGAGAUUCACCAACAGGCUUUAGAUUUGCUACAAUGGAAGUAAGAUUCUGACUCUCAUCAUGUAGUAGACACUUCAAUAGGGAAUUGGACACUGACAGAAAUCUAUUCUGCCCAACUGUGAUUCCAAGGCACCCAAACAAUUUCAGACAACAGACCAAACAUUCAUAUGCAAGCCUAAGGUCGAUUUAACUGAAUCUCAGGGUAGUUGUCUCAAUUCUUGAAAUUUGGUUCAACACUGGUAAAUGGAGCACAUGAUGUAAAUGAUUGGACCAUUCCAACUAACGGUUCUUGGAACCUGUGGUUCAAUGACAAUCUGACAUCUGUAUGUCUGUGGAUGAAGGUCUACAUGUAUCUGAAAUGAUUCUAACAUUCACUGCUGAGAGGGGAAAGCUAAUAUGCAGUUCCCUUACGGUAUGUAUGGCAAGCAUGCCUGGUGAUUGGGACAGUAGGGCUGUAUGGAUGGGCCAUAGACUGCAACAUUGCUGUGAUCAGACAAACUAUUAACGAUCUAGUUGGGAGGUUUGCUGGUUCAAUGUUGUCCGCUGCUCAAACUGUUCAUUUUGUGUGCAAACUAUUGUUGCAGAUGCCUGGUCAUCCAGUCUCCUUUCCUUUUGGGAUGCCCCAUAUAGGUUGUGAUCUACCAGAGCAACAGUCCUGAUCACCAGACCUGUUUGUUGCAUGUACCCUAUACGUGCCUUUAUGGCUGGCCCAAUUCAACAUUUUGGAGUCUGCAAGACCCUCGCCUGGCCCAUGAAGGUAUCUAUGUUGAACCUUUACGCCCAGCAUGAAUGUUCACAUCCCUCUUGCUGAAAAACACAUUUUUUUUA